AUGGACGGAAGAGAUCGAGGGCCCGCCAGGCCCAUGACGUACCGCGAGCUUCUCGCCACGCGCGUGCUGUCAGUUGAUGCGUAUUGGCAAGAGCUACGCGAGCCGAGUCGACGCUCGCCGAGGGAGAUCCCUGUGCCCCUCUGGCCAGGCGAGAGUCUGCAGCAGUAUGAGCGCGAAUUCUGUCGCUGGCUGGCAGCGCAGCGACUGUCGCUUGUUUCUAUGCGUGAAGACCCCGUAACCGAGCGCAACUACCGACUGCAGUUCGCUGAGACGCGAGUAGCGCGGCCCGGCAACGCGCAGCAGAGACAACCGUCGGGUCCACGGUAUCGCAGGUCCUUGUCGCGAUCUCCUCCGCCUAAGAGACGCUUUACUGGAGCACAGCCGCAUCCAAUUCCAAGAGAUGACAGAAGAUACGUCUACGAACGAAAUCCUGCAGACAGCGGACGUUUAGUUGCACCCAGACAAGUAACAAUUCCACGAGAGCGGCCUCAACUGGCACGAGGAUACUCUGAAGGUUCUCGGGCAUAUGACGACUGGCAGGCACAGCGGAAUGUGGAGCGACCUCGGCAGGACACUCGACCGUCACCCCGUGAUCGUCAAUAUGGCGGCGAUGCUCAGCGUUGGACGCGAUCUCGUUCAAAAUCGCCCGAACGAGUGAUCUCGGUGGAUGCAUUCCGAGACGAGAUGUUCAAACUUCGCAACGGACUUAUCCGCGAAGACUCUCUCAAAAGACCCCAUGAAACAAUGCCAGAGAACGGAGACUCCGAAGGGCGUUUGCUUACCUUAGAGUCAACACCACCAGGCCGCAGGCUUCGACAGUUGCUGGAGCUCAAAGAGCGCACGAUCAAGACGCCUCAGGGCGUAGGCGUUCAUCUAAAAGACCAGCAGACGAAAAUGAGCGUCAAACUCCAGUCAGAAAUGGCCAGCCGAGUAACAAGCGCACACGGACAGAAGAGAAACAACGGGCUCGUACACACACGACACCAGAUGCCUCGUCUAGUCGCUCUCCUGCUGAACCGGAAGUGA